AUAAUGGCCUUAUAAAUAAAUAAAUAGUGGCCUGAUGUUUUGAAACGAUAGAACUGAUUCAUGCAGACGGGUGUUGCCUGCUUGAUGAGCAGGUUGACCUGCAUUUAUUUUUAACUGCACGUUUCUUUUCAGUUUUACGGUAAUCUGGUGGCUAGAGUGGGGAGAAAAAAAAAAUCAGUGCAGCCAUUGCAUACAUACGUUCACAACUGUGCUGAACAGUCUACACGUUGAACGUGCGGGGGAAUAAAUACAGGGGGAGAAAUUCACCAGUUCUUUAACGUCUUUACUGUCUGCCAAAACCUACCGCUAUGGCAAAGGAAGGAGUAGAGAAAGCAGAGGAGACGGAACAUAUGAUAGAAAAGGAUGGAGGCAAGGAUCAGGAAAGUGUGCUGACUGCAGGGGACACCAAGGAGAUGCGUGCCGUGGUCCUGUCUGGGUUUGGGGGGCUCAAUAAACUCAGGGUAACCAAGAAGGUGAUGCCGGAACCCCUGGAGGGGGAGGUCAAAAUCCGAGUUAAAGCAUGUGGCCUGAACUUUUUAGACUUGAUGGUUCGACAAGGAAAUAUCGAUAACCCACCAAAGACUCCCCUUGUUCCUGGAUUUGAAUGCUCUGGGAUUGUUGAAGCUCUAGGAGAAAACACUAAAGGAUUUGAGGUGUGUAAAAAUCCAUACAUGAAAUUAUCAGAAGUUGUGUGCACUCCCCUGGAGUUUGUCUAUAAGAUCCCGGAUGACAUGACUUUCCCAGAGGCCGCUGCCUUCUCUAUGAACUUCGUUGCUGCUUACAUGAUGCUGUUUGAAGUUGCCAGUCUGCGGGAGGGGAUGUCUGUGUUGGUUCACUCAGCCGGAGGAGGGAUGGGUCAAGCUGUUGCUCAGCUCUGCUCCACUGUUCCCAAUGUCACUGUCUUUGGAACAGCCUCACCCUUCAAGCAUGAAGCCAUCAAGGAUUCUGUCACUCAUCUGUUUGACAGAAACAUUGAUUAUGUCCAAGAAGUUAAAAAAAUAUCCCCAGAAGGAGUAGAUAUUGUCCUGGAUUGUUUAUGUGGAGAGAACACAGGCAAAGGUCUUGGUCUUCUUAAACCACUGGGAACUUACAUCUUGUAUGGUUCAUCAAACAUGGUUACUGGGGAAACAAAAAGCUUUUUCAGUUUGGCUAAAUCUUGGUGGCAGGUGGAGAAGGUGAACCCCAUAAAACUCUAUGAUGAGAAUAAAGUGAUUGCUGGAUUUUCACUGCUAAACCUUCUUUUCAAACAAGGCAGAAGCAGCCUGGUAAAGAUAGUGGUGGACAAACUAAUUUCCCUCUACAACGCAAGGAAGAUCAAACCACUGGUAGAUUCAUUAUGGGCUCUGGAGGAGGUAAAAGAGGCAAUGCAGAGGAUCCAUGACAGGGGCAACAUAGGAAAGCUGAUACUGGAUGUGGAGAAGUCUCCUACUCCCCUGAUGGCCAAUGACAGCACAGAGACGAGUGAGGCAGGGGAGGAGGAGGAGGACCAUGAGGGGGACACCGACAACAAGGAGAGAAUGCCUUUUAUCCAGUAGCUCUACAGGGAGGUCAUGCACUGAAGAGAGAAGAGGGGUCAGAGGAAGAAGAAGAAGGAAGAGGGGGAGGGGGAGGGAUUGAGAGACCCGGGACCUGCCUUGACCAUCCGUGAACAAAUGCCGUAGUACAGUGUGUUGUUGUAUUUGUCUGCCAGUCAGCUGAGCUGCACGCUGUUUGAAAACUAAUUGUGGCUUGUCGAACAACUGAAGUGCCAUCCCCAAUGCAGUAUUAUUAUGAUGUUACUUUUCGUGUUGCUGAGUGAACCGUUGUUCCCAGAUGCUUUGUCUUGUUUACAGCCUCUCCAGGUGGCUGUUGUUGUGUUUGUGACAUAUUUUCUGAGCAUUCCCUAUUUUUAUUUAAAAAAAAAAGGAAAGGAAAGUAAACCA